ACGACCGAAAAUAGCGAAGGAGGAAACAAAACAACGCCAAAUCGACUCUGAUAAAAUAGGGCCAAAGUUACCGGAGUUAAGAGUGUGUCGUUAUGCUCUAGAAACCUUUAGAAGUGAGGAGCAAAAUGCACUGCUAAUUCCCUUUGCUCUUAUCUUCCUGUCUCUUACUGCAUAGAAUGAAUCCAAAACACAAUUUGCAUUGCUGCAAAACCUCUCUAAAUAGAGUUUAUCCUGCUGGAUUUGCUCUGGUUUCUUCCUAUGAUUCCAUGCAGCUGCUUGCUUUGCUAAAACCAAAUCCUGGACACAACAGCUAAGCCACGAUAUCAACUCCAGCAGAAAACAUGCUAACAUUUGUCCUUCGGGGUGAAGUGACGUCCGGCUCUUCCAGCCCAGUGGCUGCAGCUUUGCUCUCAUCCUGGGGCAGACACACACACAGCGAUGAGGGGCAUGGCCUGGCACUGCCUGGCAGGCUGAGUGAGUGGGGAAUCCAGCCCUCGUUGUGGAGUAAGGACGAUGUCAUCCACUGGCUCAGGUGGGCAGAGAGGGAGUAUUGCCUUCAGCAAACGGAUGAAAGCAAGUUUGAAAUGAAUGGCAAAGCCCUGUGCAUCCUCACCAAGGACGACUUCAGGUUCCGCGCUCCUGGCUCAGGCGAUGUGUUGUAUGAAUUACUUCAGUACAUUAAGACUCAAAGAAGAGCUCUGAGGUACAGCCCUUUGCUGAAAUCACCCUUCCGAGAGGCCAAGGGCACAGGGGAAGGGCUCUGGAAGAUGUCCUGGGAUCCACCUCAGUGCAGCACGAGGUUUUCCCUUUCAGGGAUGGAUGACGGUGCAGAGGCUGCCCUGGCUGCUCCCUCACCCUGCCUGGAACACACUGAGCUGCCCCCAUCCCACAGCCUCCAUCAGCCCCUGAACCUCUCCCAUCCCAGCACUGAGGGCAGCUGCAGGGCAGAAUCCAUCCGCUUUUUUCCUACAGCCCCAUUGGCACCAGUGGAUGGGAAAAUCGCAGACUGCAGGCUGCUGUGGGAUUACAUCUACCAGCUCCUGUCUGACAGCCGCUACGAGCCCUACAUCAAGUGGGAGGACAAAGAGGCCAAGCUCUUCCGCAUCGUUAACCCCCAUGGACUCGCCCAUCUCUGGGGGAACCACAAGAACCGCAUGAACAUGACCUAUGAGAAGAUGUCCCGAGCGCUCAGACAUUACUACAAGCUUAACAUCAUCAAAAGGGAACCGGGGCAGAAGCUGCUGUUCAGAUUUCUGAAGACACCCGAGGAGAUCAUCCAGGAGAAAUCCAGCAGGCUGGAGCAGCUGGAGAACGAGGAGCAUGAGGAGCUCAGGGAAGAGCUGCUGGAGGUUUCAGUGCAGGACACCACGGAAAGCUGUGUGUGCAGUGCUGUGCAGGGGGACUUGUGCUCUGCUGGGAAGUGCCAGCACCUCCUGCUCCCUGCACAGAAGGCAGCAGAGGGGGUCCUGGAUUCCAAAAGUUGCCUUGAGCCAAAGCUGUGAUGCCUCGAAGCUGUUGGGAAAGGCUGCUUGGUUGUUGCAGUGAGAUGAACACACGUGCAGGGUCACCAGUGCACUGAUGUUGCCUUGACCUGCUGUAGGACUCACCCUGCAGAUGUGCUGUGCACUGUGAUCUGUCUCCUGUGGAGCUGGGAUUAGGGGUGGGAAUGUGCUGAAGAGAUGGUCUGAAUCCUGGCUGGAGCUUCAGGCUGUACAGAUGUUCUACUGGGUCUUGUUUUAACUGCUUUUAAUCACACUUUGUGUAACCAUACUGCUAAAUGAUGUGACACGAAA